GCACAUUAAUUUUCAUAAUCUGAAAUUUAGAGUCUCCAAGAGGGCAAAAAAGAGUAAAAGCUUUCGACAACAAAGGAAGUUGAAGCAAAAAUCGCAAACAUUGCCUCUGGUACUCUCGCGGAAUAGAUAUGCUACGUCUGUCAGCGAGAGCCUCAAGGAUGAUAGCCUCCUCACCGGCAACUCCUCUCGCACCAUCAUCAUCAUCUUCGUCCUCAUCUUCUUUUUCUCUCCCAAAGAAUCUUUUCACAACUCUAUGUUUCAAAACAAACACCCAAAGAUUACAACAGCAACAAGAAACAGCUAUUCCAGGUGAUUUCCUGAGAUGGGGUUCGCUUGGUUCCUAUAGAACCUCGAGGUUCGCCACUGGGUUCACGCCCUUGCAGCCGAAGCCCUUGGAUUCGAUCAUUGACAUUGAGAGGGCCAAGGACCGCUCGUCCGAAGACCUCACUUCUAUUUGGGAUGAUUAUCAUCUGGGAAGGGGUCAUAUUGGUGCAUCAAUGAAGGCAAAACUGUAUCAUUUGCUGGAGCAUAGAGCAACAGAGUGCCGGUAUUUUGUCAUUCCUUUAUGGAGAGGAAGCGGUUACACAACAAUGUUUACUCAAGUGCAGAUGCCACACAUGCUUUUCACUGGACUUGAAGAUUACAAAGCAAGAGGAACUCAGGCUGCCCCAUACUUCACGGUAUCUUAUUACACAGAAUUUGCUGAAAGCAAAGACUUGGUGCUCAUUAGAGGAGAUGUGGUGUUCACAAGCAAGCUCAGUGAUUCUGAGGCAAAAUGGCUAUUGGAGACUGCUCAGUCCUUUUAUUUGAAUGAUGCCAGGUACAAACUGGUUGAACGGUUCAACAAGCAGACACGUGAAUUUGAGUUUAAGGAAGUUUUACAGGCUCUGGACAUGCCCAUCUUGUGAUUUUUCUUAAUUGAAACAAAAAGGUCUUCGGUUGGAUGACAAUAUGUGCUAGAUUGCUCAAAGAAAGAGCACCACAGGAUCAAAGGCGCUAGAAGGUUAUUGACAUGGGAAUUUCUUCUCACAUCUUUAUUUUAUUUUUAUUUUUAUUUUUAUUUUUAUUUUUAUUCUUUCCAAAUUUGUGUUUCGCUAAUUAUGGUUCUGUACAAAUUUUGGUUCAUGCAUGUAGCUGAUAAGCAGCACAUAUAUGGGAUUUCUUGGCUGGAUGCAAUCCUUUCCCAGCUUCCACAUUGGUCUUCAUUAGAAUGAGAACUUAAAGAAUGCUGAUCUGGUUGUCAAAGUACAUUGCCAUAUACGGCCCAUGUCAGGCAGAAUCAUCAUUCCCCGGGAAUAUGCCCAUCAAUAUACUCUGAAUGGGAUUUAUAUAUAAUCUGUACUCUUAAUAAAGGGACAUGGUGACAAUUUUGUCUUUCUCUUGGAGGUUCACUUUGUUAACACUACACAAAGUACAAGUCGUCGCAAAUAUUUUGAUUUGCCAUCAUACUUCAAAGGUAAAAGAAUCAAGUUUGUUGUGAAAUCCUGCUGUCAGAUUAUGUAUAUAUAGAGUAAAAUGAAAAGAGGCAUCAAAAUGGAAGAAUGUAAUGACUUCAUGUAAUUCAGCAAUGCACCUAUGUCAUAGUCCUUGUCUAA